GGCCCACCAAAAAAUAAAAAUAAAAAAAAAUUCAUCAACGGACGAGAAGUCGCCCUUCUCUGUAUAUAUGGGAGAAUCCAUGCCAUAUGUGUCUCCUCACUUUGCCUUUCCUGCAUUCACAAACUCCAUCAUGGAGCUCCCACGUAUGAGCUUAUGGGCAAUUUGGUCAUUUCUCCUUGCCUCUUCCAUUCACCUUCCAUGUUUCUUUGGAUCUGUCGCUCACUUCUCCAACGAAACUGAUCUCCUUGCUUUGCUCAAAUUCAAACAUCUAAUAACCGACGAUCCUCUCCAUUCUUUGAGCUCGUGGAACCAUACUCUCCACUUCUGCCACUGGCAAGGAGUCAAAUGCGGUGGUCGACGGCAUCCUCAAAGGGUCAUGGCCUUGAACCUCACUGGCCAGAAAUUGGUGGGCCCCAUAUCUCCCUACAUAGCAAACCUCACCUUCCUCAGGAUAAUCGAUCUCUCAGCCAACAGCUUCUAUGGGAGGAUUCCUGAAGAGAUUGGCCGGUUGUUCCGCUUGAGGUAUCUCCGUCUGAUCAAUAACACAUUCACUGGAGAAAUUCCAGCAAAUCUGACCCACUGUUUCAAACUCCAAUUUCUUGGACUUAGUGGGAAUCAGCUCGCAGGGAGGAUUCCGACUAAGCUUGGCUCUCUAUCGAAGCUCACCAACUUAAGCCUUCGUGGCAACAGUCUUACAGGAAGCAUCCCACCUUCACUUGGAAACCUUUCGUCUCUCUGGUAUCUUCUUCUCACAGAUAAUAGUCUGGAGGGCAGCAUCCCAGAUUACCUUUGUCAGAUGGUGAGUUUAAAGGUCCUUUCCAUAGGUGGAAAUAAACUGUCAGGUACGAUUCCGCAUCGGUUCUACAAUCUCUCCUCUAUUUUCCUUUUGGACGUGGAAUUGAACAGAUUGCAUGGAAAUCUUCCACCUAACAUAGGCCUCACCCUUCCUAAUCUCCAAGGGCUCCAUGCUGCAGGAAACCAAUUCACAGGACCCAUACCAGUUUCAUUAUCCAAUGCUUCCGGACUUGCAGUAAUUAACCUUAAUAUGAAUAGUUUUAGCGGAUCUGUGCCCAUGAAUUUUGGAAACCUCAAGGCUCUCUUCCGAUUAGAGUUGGGGCUAAAUGAACUUGGAAUUGGGAAAGCUUGUGACUUGAGUUUUCUUGAUUCUUUGACCAAUUGCAGUAGCUUACAAGUGGUGGAGGUGAGCAGCAAUCGUCUCAGCGGUGCGUUGCCCAACUCCAUAGCAAAUCUUUCGACCCAACUGACAAUCCUAUCUUUAGGAAGUAAUAUGAUAUUCAGAAGCAUCCCAUCUGGGAUUCAGAAUCUUAUUGGCUUAACAGCACUGAGUAUGGACGAUAAUUCUCUGACUGGUACAAUUCCCAUUGAUGUUGGGAAGCUUAACAAGUUGGAGGUACUUUACUUGGAUUCAAAUGGAUUAUCAGGGCAAAUUCCACCUUCCUUGGGCAACAUCACCAGAUUGUACCACCUUUAUUUACAUGGAAACAAACUAUCGGGGAGCAUACCUUCAAAUCUUGGUAAUUGCGUAGACCUGAACUUCAUAUACCUCAGCUAUAAUAACUUCAGCGGUACCUUACCCAAACAACUUUUCAGCAUUCCAUCUCUGAUUGAUCUCCAAGCUCAAAACAACUUUUUUACUAGUCUCCCAUCCGAAGCCGGUUACUUGAAAGCUCUUCAAAAGUUCAAUGUUUCGAAUAACAAAUUGUCAGGCGAAAUUCCAAGCUGGCUAGGCAAUUGUCUCAGCCUAGAGUAUCUCGUGUUGGAUGAGAACUUCUUUCAAGGAUCAAUUCCAUCAACAUUUAGUACUCUAAAAGGCCUUCGAUCCCUGGAUCUUUCACGCAACAACUUAUCUGGGAAGAUUCCAAGAUAUCUGGAGAAGUUUGCUCUAGAGUAUCUAAAUCUAUCCUUCAAUAAUUUUGAGGGAGAAUUACCAAAACAAGGGGUCUUUGGAAAUGCCAGUCGAGUUUCAGUGCUCGGAAAUAGUAAGCUUUGUGGGGGUAUUCAUGAAUUACAGUUGCCUCCAUGUUCUAGCCAAGCUUCCAAGAAACGGGGGAUCUCUCUUGCUUCAAAAGUCAAAUUCUCAAUAAUUGGUGCUGUCCUGGGUCUUAUUUCAUUGUCAUGUUUCUUUACCAUUCUUUAUCGGGUAAGAAAGUCAAGAAGGAAACCUCUUGCUGUGCCUUCUAUGGAGGCUCCUUUUAUGAACGUGUCUUAUGCGGAGCUCUUUAAAGCAACAGAUGAGUUCUCUCCUGCCAAUUUGCUCGGAACCGGAAGUUUUGGUGCUGUAUAUAAAGGGAUUCUAGAUCGUGUUGGGACUAUGGUAGCAGUGAAAGUCUUCAACCUUCAACAACAAGGAGCUCUGCGGAGCUUCAUGGCCGAAUGUGAUGCGUUAAGAAACAUUAGGCAUCGGAAUCUUGUUAAGAUCUUAACUUGUUGCUCGAGCAUUGAUUUUAAGGGCAAUGAUUUUAAAGCUCUAGUUUACGAUUACAUGUCCAAUGGAAGUCUAGAGAAGUGGUUGCACAGGGAGGACCAUGACCAGUCGAGAAGGAACUUGAAGUUUACUCAAAGGCUAAACAUAGCCGUAGAUGUGGCUUCUGCACUGGAUUAUCUACAUAAUCAUUGCCAAACAUCAAUCAUUCAUCAAGAUUUAAAGCCAAGCAACAUUCUUCUUGAUGAUGACAUGAUUGCUCAUGUGGGUGAUUUCGGGCUAGCUAGGUUCUUAUCUGAGGUUGGUCGAAGCAGCUCAGUUGGGAUGAAGGGAUCUAUUGGGUACAUCGCUCCAGAGUAUGCGAUGGGUGGAAAAGCAUCUACACAAGGAGAUGUUUACAGCUACGGAAUCCUUCUACUGGAGAUGAUCACUGGAAAGGGGCCAACUGAUGACGUGUUUAAGGACAAUCUAAGCCUUCAUCAUUUUGCUAAGCUGGCUUUGGCUGAACGAGUGAUGGAGAUUGUUGAUCCACAACUGCUCUUAGAAGAAGCUGAAGUUAUUCAAGGAAAUGAAAAUGAAAUCAAUACAAGAAAUAGAAUGCAUGACUGUUUGAUUUCAAUGGUCAAAAUCGGUGUUUUGUGCUCUGCAGAAUCUCCAAGUAAACGAAUGCAAAUGAGAGAUGUUGUUGUUGAAAUGAACACAAUCAAGGACUUGUAUCUCGGGGUCAAGAUUCGCCAAGACAAACAAGUUAGGUCGCAAAUAUUAGAUGAAGGUUUGUCUUAUCUCAGGCAUUACUAAGUUAGUAUUGGUGGUUAUUUUGAGAAAGAUUUCCAAAUGAAAUGAGUUUGUUGAAUCCUUCCCUAAACAAGCUCUUGAUAUAUCAAGACUUAGGUUAAGAGUGUAUUUGUAUUGAUAUUGAAUAUAUGAGAAAAUGUUUUUUUUUUUU